CUGGCCCGUGUGCGGGCGAAGACGUGUGCGAGGGAGAGAGGGAGGACGGACGAACUACCUGAGAGCAGCGCCGGGAAACUUCUCAGGGCGCUGCCUGUGAAAGUUUCCAGUCUGAAGCCUUGUCGACCUGCUGCCGCCAGUCAUUGUAGGCUGCAGACAAUAAUGUUAAAUGGACUAACGGUCCGACUCGGCACAAAGGCACCUUCUUCCCCUGUUCCGAACUUGUGAGCCAUUCUCCUGGCAAGGCAGCCCUCCUCUCCCGCAGGCAAACCCUCUCUGCCCUGUAAACAGCCGUCAGGGGCAAGGGGGUGUGUCCGGGCCGGGCGGAGCUGGAGGUGAAGCGCCAACCCCCAGCCCACCCGCGCCGCCUCUUUCUCCCACAGCAGAGAGAGUUGCUGCCUGCUGCCGAGAGCGUCGCGGAGGGGAAGGGGCAGCCCCUGGGAAGCACGCCCUACCCGGGCCGCGCGUGUCCUGCCGUCCCUUGGCUCGCUCGCUCCACUGAGGCAGCCGUGCGCUUUUCCUCCCGUCAGCGCCUCGCCCAUGUGCUGCCAUGCGACCAGCGUCCCGCUCUGGGCCGUGCGCUGCGGCGCUUGUCCUGGUAGCCUGCGCCUCUCUCUGCACAGGUCUAACAUGCGUGUGCCAGUUGUGUGAAAAAACAAACUUCACUUGUGAAACUGAAGGAGCAUGUUGGGCUUCUGUCAUGCUCACAAAUGGUAGGCAAGAGGUUAUUAAAGCAUGCGUCUCCCUCCCACAACUGAAAGCACAAAUCUUCUGCCACAGUUCUAAGAACAUCACCAAGACAGAAUGCUGCUAUACAGAUUUCUGCAACAACAUCACUAUUAACCUGUCCACAGGUCAAGAUACUUCAAGCAAAUCAAAGCUGAGACCCGUGGAACUGACAGUGGUUAUAACUGUACCAAUAUGCAUCUUGUCUGUAGCUUUAAUGGUCACUCUGUACACAUAUCAAGGCAACCACUGCAGAUUCAGGAAGAAAAGAAGACCAAAUAUCGAAGAACCUCUGUCUGAAUGCAGUCUGGUGAACCCAGGGAAGACUCUCAAAGAUCUAAUCUUUGAUAUGACAACGUCAGGUUCUGGAUCUGGUUUACCUCUACUCGUUCAAAGAACAAUUGCAAGGACUAUUGUUCUUCAGGAAAUAGUAGGAAAAGGUCGAUUUGGUGAAGUCUGGCGUGGAAAAUGGUGUGGGGAAGACGUAGCUGUGAAGAUCUUUUCCUCGAGAGAUGAAAGAUCUUGGUUUCGUGAAGCAGAAAUCUAUCAGACAAUCAUGCUGAGGCAUGAAAAUAUCUUGGGUUUUAUUGCUGCUGAUAACAAGGAUAACGGGACUUGGACUCAGCUGUGGCUUGUAUCUGAAUACUAUGAGCAUGGCUCUUUGUUUGAUUACUUAAACAGCAACACUGUGACAGCCAAUGGGAUGAUUAAACUGAUUUUUUCCAUAGCAAGUGGCGUAGCCCAUCUUCACAUGGAGAUUGUUGGCACUCAAGGCAAACCAGCGAUUUCCCAUAGAGACCUGAAGUCUAAAAAUAUUUUAGUCAAAAGGAAUGAAACUUGUGCCAUUGCUGACCUGGGACUAGCUGUGAAGCAUGACUCUUUGUUGAACACAAUUGACAUACCUCAGAAUCCUAGAGUGGGAACGAAGAGGUACAUGGCUCCAGAAAUACUUGAUGACACAAUGAACAUAAAUAUCUUUGAGUCCUUCAAGCGUGCAGAUAUCUACUCUCUUGGACUGGUGUACUGGGAGAUAUCCCGAAGAUGCUCGGUUGGAGGAAAUGUUGAGGAGUACCAGUUACCUUAUUACAAUGCUGUGCCUUCUGAUCCUUCAAUAGAAGAUAUGAGAAAGGUAGUCUGUGAGCAAAAACUUAGACCAAAUAUCCCAAAUCAGUGGCAAAGCUGUGAGGCACUCAGAGUAAUGGGCCGGAUAAUGCGCGAGUGCUGGUACGCCAACGGAGCAGCUCGGCUGACAGCGCUUCGCAUUAAGAAGACCAUUUCUCAGCUCUGCGUACAACAAGAUUCCAAAGCUUAAAUUUGCACUCCCCCACAGAAGAGGAAAGAAAUCAUUUGUUAUUGGGGUGUGUGUGUUGCAUUGUCUUGGUUUUUUUUGCUCUACCUCACAUGAUGCGGAGUACAGUAUUUUAGAGCCCAAGCCAGAGUACUGGAAAUUUUUAACUUCAUUUGUUGUUCAAAGGUUAAUUUUCAGCUGGUUUAUGAUGUCCAGAUUGCCUUGGCUGGUUAAUAAAACAUUACUCUUUUUUUGGGGGGGGGAGCUAGAGGAACAUGGGAUGUGGUCCACUCAAAGUGCUCCGCUGUGUGAAACCCCCCUCCCUACCCCUGCCAUACAGACACAAGCUCCUGAGCCUCUGCAAACCCCCAGGGCGUGCCUGAGAACUCUAUCACAUGAGGAGGAUCAUGUCGCCAUAGCAGAGGACAUUUGUAGUUUGUGCACGUAGUAUGCUGAUAAUUGAGGAAACUAGAGCAGGGUUUCUCAAACUGUGGUCUGUGGACCACUGGUGGUCCACAAGCUUUGUUCAGGGAGUCUAUGUCAUGCCCAUAUUGAUUUCAAUUGUAUUUUAAUUGCUUCUAUUAUUUCUUUUAUUGGAUUUUAUUGUAUUAAAAUUUGAAUUCUAUGAAAUGCAAAUUGUACUACAAUAAAAUAUAAGAAAUAAAAGAAGCAAUUAAAAUACAAUUUUUAAAAAAUCAUACAGUGUCUAGCACAGCGCUUUACAAUUGUUACAAUAGGCAAAAAACUCAUUAAGUGGUCCAACCUCAGUAAUUUUCAAGUGGUCCAUGGAGGAAAUAGUUUGGGAACCAAUGAACUAGAGUAUUGGAAAGACCCAUCAAUUGUUCAAAAGGUUUGCAUUCAAAGUAAAACCUGGAUGUAAUGUGUAUUUAUUCUAUGCUACAAUAUAUGGAGGGCCUAAGCCACACUUUUUCAUCCUUCUGCAAAUUUUCACAAGCUGAAUAAUUUUUCAGCUCAUCUGAAGAAUUGAAGUCUAUGCCAUAAACCCCUACACAACAUAAUAGGCCUGGAGCAGCCCUCCACAUGAGACUUGUCUUGCAAGAUCUCCAUGGGAUCUGGAGCAUGAAUGCCCACUCAGGGAUGCUAAGCUUCUCAUAUUCCCCUUGGCAUGCUGGAGGGCCCUGGAGCAGUGAUAAGCCACCCCCCUCCCCAUGCCAUGACAAAUGUCCCUCUCUGUGGAUUGUUGCCAUGGAGGAUAGGCAUCCCAGCUAGCUGAAAGCUGAAAUGUGCUAAAUAUAUCUGUUCUAAACUAAGACAUUAGGAGUAUUUUGUGACUGUAGAAAAUGUGUGCAAAAGGAGGCACAUAUCCUUGGCAUCUCCAGUUGGGACCAAACACCAGGGGAAAUGAAAGACCUCUUCCUAAUAGCCACACUACCUGUUAUGUUGGCAAUGUAGCUAUGCCUUUAGGUUCAGGGGUUUUGUUUCUUUUACACAGAUUGUCAGUGCAGUGGAGGUGGUGCGGGUUAGGGGACCUAAAAUCUUUACAAAUUGUUGUGGUCCUAAUUUGGAUUACCCCUCUUCCAUGCCUGCCAUUUUGCAUCCGGGGGGGAGAUAACUCCCAUUUACUUUAGUGUGAAUUUCCCCCCCCCCCAUGCAGACUACAGCCAGAGGGGCCGAAUCCAGAUCAGGACCAUAGCAGCUGGGGGAAGAGUUAAGCUCACAAAUGUAGAUCUCCCUCCCCCUCACACACACCCCUCACGUUGGAAAUUUGUAUUUAAAAACCUGCUCUUGAAUGAGUAGUACAUAGCUAACAUAACAUGUAGUCUGGCCCCGAGACCAUGGAAGGCGCUAUUGUCAGUCAGCGUAGAUUACUCUCUGAACUCUAUGGACCAAUUAUCUGACUUGGUGUAAGGCAGCUUUCUAUAUUCCUAAAGUAAGUGUGCCAAUGUCCUUGAAACAAAACAGAAUCUUGGACCAAGUUUAUCAAGGCAUUGAAGCAUUUUCAACAGAAUUUUGUAGAAUAGCUGGUGCAAUGUGUAUAGAAUUUGUUCUUGUUUAGUAUUUUAUUAAACAAAUAAGAGAGACAUUCAACAGAACAUAUAUACUGUGAAACUAAACUUCUCAUUUUAUUAUACGUUGCCUUAAAAGGUGGCCAUUUAUUUAAAGCUUCAAAUGCAACUUUAUAGUUAAAUGUUGGAAACUGCAUUUUGUUACAUAUGCUUUGUUUUCAGACUUCUGAUUUCUGAACUAAAAUAUUCCAAAAUAUUAGGUAAGGACCACUGUUGGGAUAAAAUUGGAUUGUGUGCUUUGUGGUGCCAAAAGUUAGAAUGCUAGAGCACAUGUGUAAUAAACGCUUGCCUGAAUUCUGACGGAGAAAAAGCCAAAACAUUGAAGUCUGGAUUAAAAAGAAGCACUAUUUUAUGCAGAGUUACAUUGAGCCUUAAUGAAAGGGGAAUUAUGUGAACAAAGGGGUGUCAGACAAUCAUGGGUAUUAGAUUAUGAAAAUUUGAGUAAUGGGAGUGUAUAUAUUUUAAAUAUUA